AAAUAGUGCACGGAGAUUAUGUGUGAAUCACAUAAUAGUCACAAAUUCCAGUCAAGGAGAAACCAGGACAAAUUGAUUGCCGCAGGCGUUGAGGGACUGAGCGUGAGAGAGUGAGAGAGACAAAGCUGGUAAUCGCUGGUAGGGGAGAUCACCAGCGUUUCUGAGCAUGGAAAAUCACGUUUGAAGCUUUCCGUGUGUGAGUCGACAACACGUGUCUCUACACGAAAAUUAAUCUCAUCCGGCACGUGACAAGCAGCAUAGUCAGUUCAGAGUUUAUCUUUUUUACUCUACAUUGGAAGGAAAAAAGAUAAACUUUGAAUUAGUGCAGCCAGGAAAUAGACCCUAUAUGUAACGAUUACAAAAAUGUUGCAAGCGGCUAGGAAGGAGGCGGACCAUGCUUCAGAGCCAGUGGAGGAGGAGCAGUCGCUGCGGCUGUCGCAAAUGAAAUGAUUGCGCGCGCUUCUUUCACACGUAAUAUCGGCCAGUUGGUAGUCCAACGCGAAACGUGAUAGUUGGUUGACGCAGAUACGAGUCUUCUCCCGGCACUGUCUGCUUGUGUGACAAUCAUGAGCAACGAUCAGCAACAGUUGAAGACGAUCGAGCUGCGCGAAUUGCAACCGAUACUGAGCCGCACAUUUGGCGAUGGGCUGAUCGUGGUUCGUUAUACGACCAAGAGCCUGUUGCAGCCAGGCGAGAAUUACGGCAGUACCAUUUUAAGUGUUCACGCCGUGAUCAAGCGCAACGAUGAGGCGGAAGAGGAAGAUCUUCAUCUCAUCGCGAAGAUGCCGCCGCCGACGGAAUUCCAACGACAAAUUUUCGACAGCCCGUACACGUUCAGAAAGGAGAUCUUCAUGUAUGAGAAUAUCGUGCCUUAUUAUCAAAAACUGGAGAGAGAAAUGGGUCUGAAACAGGAUGAAGUAUUCGAUAUAUUGCCCAAAUAUUAUCAGUCCCGAUUAUCGUUGAGCCCGGAUGUCGAUUUCGACGAUGAUGCCGUUAUUCUAAUGGAGAACUUAAGGACGCGCGGUUAUUACAAUGGCGACAGAGCUAAAGGAUGCGAUCUUGAGCACUCGAGAGUAGCGAUACGGGCGUUGGCGAGGUUUCAUGCACUAGGGAUGGCUACCAAGUACAAGCGACCGGAGUACUUCGAAAUAUUGAAGGAACGCAGCAAGUGCUUGGACCUGAAGCUCGACGAGUUUGAGAACUUUCAAAAAGACAUGUUAAAGACGGUAGCGGAAGAUUCGCAAUUAGCUGUUUACGUUGAUCGGUUCGAAGCUGCCGUACAAGACUCAAUGGGUCGUGGCAUGUGGACCGUACCGCCUGAUGAGCCGUGGUCUACUAUUAUUCACGCGGACUUCUGGGUGAACAACAUCAUGUUCCAUCGCGAUGAGAACGGCCGAGUGGACGAUAUCAAGUUCGUGGAUUUUCAGAAUUAUCUGUUUCUCAGUCCGCUGCGCGAGAUGGUCUUCUUCCUGUUCUCUAGCACGGAUGUGAGCGAGGAUCGCCUCGAGGAACUGAUGGAUCUCUACUACGAAACGUUCUUGAACGUGCUGGAUCGAAUGGGUUGCGACACCGAGCAGUUCACCAGAGAGAAUUUCGACGCCAAGUUGUCCACCGACGCCAGAUUCGAGUCUAUGCAUUUAUUUUUCAUGCUUAAGAUACUCACGCUAAACGUGCAGGAGACCGAGUUGAAAUACGACAACAUGAAGGAGUUUAUGGUAAGCUACCAGGGCAACCAAAUGUUUAUCCAACGGCUGCGCAAGGUCGUGUUAUAUUUUAUCAAACGCAACUGGAUCUAGACAAUGCAAUAGGAAAAGAAGAUAAAAAAUAUCCUGGAAUGUUAAAAUAAAUACGUUCAUUAUUGUAUCAACAAUAAUGCGACGUAAUUGCCUACGUUGCAUGAGUCAGCUACCCCAGAUAGCCAAAUUCUGUGAGUUUGCUGUCAUGUUGCCAACAAUCGUUGAAUGCAACUAAUUUUGAUCAGGGACAAGGUGAGACAGCAUUAUGUUUGUCGGGUUGAACUCACAUAAAUUAUAAUUCUAUUCACGGGAAAUUUAAACGGAUUACAAUUUCAUAUUGUCAGCACUAUGUUAACAACGACUUACAAUUAAAAAACUUAAUAGCUUGAAGACAUAUACGCAAUAACGAAUGGAAAUCAUUAUAUAUGUGUUGUUGCCAUCAUGUUUGCAAUGUUUACAUCAUGAUGCUCAAGAUGGAACGACGAAUAAUACAUCGUUGUCAUGUUGGCGCUAUCUGGGACGUUAUAUAUUGUUUUGUAACACUUCUUCUGCGCAUUAUAGAAUAAAAGAACAAGACUAGUUUACAGGAGAAAAUAGAUGUACAAUUUAGCAAAUUUGAUAAAUAUAAAAUAUAUAUUUUACAACUUU